AACGUCAGGCCCCAGUUCUGCCCACUCCCAGGGCGUCUGCAUUUUCUUCUCUGUGGGUGUCUCGCGUACUCCCCCAAAAUUUCUCCCCCUCCUGUGCCCUCUUCGCCCCCCUCUUUUGGGGGCCCUGUGACCCUGAAUGUGGGGGGCACACUCUAUUCCACCACUUUGGAGACCCUGACUCGCUUCCCAGACUCCAUGCUGGGGGCCAUGUUUAGGGCCGGCACCCCCAUCCCCCCCAGCCUCAACUCCCAGGGAGGCGGCCACUACUUCAUCGACAGAGAUGGCAAGGCCUUCCGGCACAUCCUCAAUUUUCUGCGGCUGGGCCGCCUGGACCUGCCCCGUGGGUAUGGGGAGACGGCCCUUCUCAGGGCAGAGGCGGACUUCUACCAGAUCCAGCCCCUCCUGGAUGCCCUGCGGGACCUGGAGGCCUCUCGGGGGAGCCCGGUGCCCACAGCCGCCCUGCUCCAUGCAGAUGUCGACGCCAGCCCCCGCCGGGUGCACUUCUCCGCUCGCCGGGGCCCGCACCACUAUGAGCUGAGCUCUGCGCAGGUGGAUACCUUCCGGGCCAACAUCUUCUGCACAGACCCCGAGUGCCUGGGCGCCAUGCGGGCCCGAUUUGGGGUGGCCGGUGAGGACAGGGCAGAGGGAGGCCCGCACUUUCGCCUGGAGUGGGCCCCCUGUCCCGCAGAGCUCCCCGAGGCGGAGUAUAGGAGGCUGGGGCUACAGCCCCUGUGGACUGGAGGGCCCGGAGAGCUACGGGAGGUGGUGGGCGUGCCCGGCUUCCUGGAGGAGGUGCUGCGGGUGGCUCUGGAACACGGCUUCCGUCUAGACUCCGUCUUCCCCGACCCCGAAGACCUGCUCAACUCCCGAUCUCUGCGCUUCGUGCGACACUGAGAACGCAGCCCUCCCUGGGGAGGGGACAGAACGGACAGCAAAGGGAAUGAAAGCUCCCCUCCCCCGCCCCGGCCCCCCGAAGCCUCUUCUUAGCUCUGCCUCUGGAGCUGUGAGGGUCAGGGCUGCACCUGACUGGAGCCCAGAUGUGGGCAGGAACUCCGGAACCUGAGCCCGCUGGGGUGCACAAGCCACAUGAAGGGGCUGGCUCGGUGCUAAUCCAGGCAGGGGAGGAAGUGUCCCCGGCUUGUUCUUGCCUGGGGCUGGGGGCCUCCAGGGCCUCCUUGUUGGAGCUCGGUGUUCAAGGGUCUAGAGAAGUAGGGACACCUCUCUGCCCAGGCAAGGCCCCGCAGAACGUGGGGGGGACACUGACGUGUGGGAGAAAGGGGGACUUCGAGUUGCUCUGACGUGGUCUCCUGGACCGUGGCCUCUGCAGCUGGAGGGCCUGGCCCGGCCUGACUGAAGACAGGCCAGAACAUUCUAGAAUAUGGGAAGGGGGCUCCUUUGCUCUGUCUCCAGGCACCUACUGAGGGAGACAGGAAGGCCACACCCCUGGCCCAAGGGAGCGAGGAGAAUCCCCAUUCACUCUGUGGCCGGAGCCCCGUGUUCCGGAGCCACGUUUGUAAAGAACCCUCUAUUGAUGGUGGAGCUGGCCUUUGGGAAGAGGGUGGCAUCUUCUUGGCCUUGGCCUUCCUCCCUUCA